AACCAGGCUUCCAGAAUAAAGGGCAGGAGAGGGCCCUGGGGACAAGAGGGUGUGGGAAAUGAGGCAGAAGGAAGGGGAAGAGUCAAUGCCACUGGUGCCAUCCUGGGCCUGAUCGCACCAGGUCCUGUCCUCUCACUGCAGUCUCACCCACAUACCUCCACGAGGUUAGGGAGAAGGCGUAGGCCAGGAGAGGAGCACCCGGGUGUUUGCUCUGAAUAUGUGCCCGGGGAAGUCCGCCCACCGACCUGCCCUACCCACCCACCCGGAUCACUCUCGCCCGGCUCAUUGGCUCAGAAAGCCCCACCCCACUCAGAAGCGAGGAACAAAAGCUGCCUCCGGGAGGCCCUCGGGCUGACGGACAAGCCAGGGACAGGAGAGCAGCCACUGGACUCAAGAAGGAAUAAAAUAAUCCCUGAUUCCCGAACCUGAAGACAAAGGUUCAAGACCAGCUCUGCUACUUCCAGCUGUGGGACCUAGGCAGGUGCCUCUGGACUCACCUCCCUGUGACAUGGGGGUGAUGGCCAUGCCUCCCCCUCCAAGUCCCUGCGAGUGAGGACACCAUGACCCCGCGGUUGUGAACCGGUAUUGUCCCCCACAUCGUACUCAAGGGUGCCCAUUUCCAGGUCUUCCCAGGCUCCCAAGGCCUGAGUGGGUGGCACCCAGGUGUAGACCCCCCUGUGUGAGGUGCCGAGGAAGCCAUCAGCAUGAACUGGACCUUCCUGCAAAGCCUCCUGAGCGGCGUGAACAAGUACUCCACGGCGCUGGGCCGCAUCUGGCUGUCGGUGGUCUUCAUCUUCCGUGUGCUGGUGUACGUGGUGGCCGCAGAGGAGGUGUGGGACGAUGAGCAGAAGGACUUCAUCUGCAACACCAAGCAGCCCGGCUGCCCCAACGUCUGCUACGAUGAGUUCUUCCCCGUGUCCCACGUGCGCCUCUGGGCCCUGCAGCUCAUCCUGGUCACCUGCCCCUCGCUGCUCGUCGUCAUGCACGUGGCCUACCGCGAGGAGCGCGAGCGGAGGCACCGCCUGAGACACGGGCCCGGGGCGGCGCCGCUGUACAGCAACCUGAGCAAGAAGCGCGGCGGGCUGUGGUGGACCUACCUGCUGAGCCUCAUCUUCAAGGCCGCCGUGGACGCGGGCUUCCUGUACAUCUUCCACCGCCUCUACCAGGAUUAUGACAUGCCGCGCGUGGUGGCCUGCUCGGUGGAUCCCUGCCCCCACACCGUGGACUGCUACAUCUCCCGGCCCACGGAGAAGAAGGUCUUCACCUACUUCAUGGUGGCCACCGCGGCCAUCUGCAUCCUGCUCAACCUCAGUGAGGUCACCUACCUGGUGAGCAAGAGGUGCAUGGAGAUCCUCGGCCCCCGGCGCCGGAAGUCUGGUCGCCGAAGUCGUCUACCCGACACGUGCCCACCGUAUGUGGUCUCCCAGGGAGGGCACCCCCAAGAUGGGAACUCUGUCCUAAUAAAGGCAGGGUUCACCCCAAUAGAUGCAGGUGGGUAUCCAUAACCUGCAAGAUCAGCAGAUAGGAUCCCCAGAUCCCCUGGCUGUCCCCUAAGGAAAAUGGACAAGGGCAGUGACAUCUUCUGUAGAGCAGGUAGGUGGCUGUGGGGGCUCAAGAAGCUCACCCAGGAGCCAGGACGCAGUGGAGGGGUACGGUUUUGGUGCCGGGUCCCGAGCCUCAGGGGACCUAAUGGCUGGUGGGGAUUUUGUAUAUGACAACAGGUUAUGUCAAACCUGUUAAUAAACAUGAUUUUCCAAGUACUUGCAGCCCCAGUGAAGAGUGGUGGGUAAGGAAGUACGGGAGUUCCAAUGGACCUCAGAGAGGGGCCCCAGAUGACUCAAUGGUCAUCUGAGCCCCAGAACCUCAGAUCCUCCUGUCACUCCCCACCCCACCCACUCACACACAUUGUGCCACCAGAAUGUGGAGGGGAAUGCCCAAAGGCAGGGGCUAAACCAGGGGCCUCACGACACUGCCACCAGCUGACCAAGGCAGGAGAAGAGGGAGGCAUGGGGACCCUGUGCCCACAGGAGCUCCUUCCCAGGGAGUGUCCCUCAGAUGAAUGCAAAGCGUGUGACCUCAGAGGCCUCUGCCUCCCAUGUCUGACCUCCCCAGCUCUGCCCAGUAUGGGUCCCUAGUAGGGGAGUUCCUGAGGGUGGGAGUGAACUGUCCUGGAACAAGGGCAGAAUGGAACUUCCCAGGCUGUCCAGGAGAUGUGUCCCCAGGUGGAUCCUUGGAUCUAGGGCAGCUCUCUUCUUCUCACCCCCAUGUACUGCCUGAGCAGCCUCAUCCUCCCCCACCCCAGUCCUCAGGCCUCCAUGAUUCAGGACCAUGCUUUCAGCCUGAACCUGCCCCUGAGUCCCACCAGUUGCCACUAAACAGCCCUCUAGGGGACCCACAGUCACCUCACACCCCCGGCAACUCCAAAGGGACCCCGUCAUCUUCCCCCAAACCUGCCUCCUCUUAAAGUCCCCACUCCACUCAUGAAGGGCAUUGCCACCCCCCCACCCCACUGUCCAAGCCGGGAGCUGUCCUUUCCUGCUGAUCCCCCCAGCCUUCACACCUGCAUCCCAACACAGCACUCCCAGCUCCAAACAACCCCCAAAUCUGGCCCCUUCCACUCCCAGCCUUACCCCCGCCUCUCAGGCCUGCCCUCCUCUCCAGGAUGGAGUGAUGGAUCUCUUCAUGAAUCUGACCAUGCCAUUGUUCUCACUUUAAAAAUCCUCCCACCCCAUCCCCAUUGCCCUCAACCUGGCCCCGCAGCCCUCCACCUCGCCGGCUCCCUCUCUUCCCACCCACAAUAAUACCAAAGGCAGGUGGUUCCCGGGCCCAUAGUCAUGCUGUGGCAGGCCUCAGGCCUCUACCACGCUCCUCCCCUUCCCUGGGAUGUCCUUCCUGCCUCCUCUGUGACCUGUCCUCAAACCCCAAGGACAGCCUCCCCACCUCCCCAUGCGCCCGCCCGCCCAGGUGCUGCUCUCCUCUGCCCUUCUCCCCGAAUCUGGUGGCCAGUUCCCCCCAGUGUCUCCCAUCAGCCUAUGAACCCUUGAGGGCAGGAUGCUGAGUCACCAGGUCCCUGCUGGCCUUCAAUAAAUGUUUGUUA